AUGAAGAGUACACAUGGAGGGUGUGAGACAUCAUUCUUAUUGUCGAAAUUUGUCUACAGGAAAAGCUACUUAUCUACUAUAUAUAUAAAAAAAAAAAAGAAGGAAGAAAUAUAGUGCAAACUUCAAAAAUCAAGUCAUAGAAAAAGGGAAAUGUAAGAUCAAUAUUAUUCUUGGAUGAGUAUUGAUAAUUGGAACAUCUUGUAAAUACAUCUAUGAGUGAAGAAGUGAUAAAGAUGUGAAUAGAAGAAGUGAAGUCUAGAUUGUUAUUCCAAGGAGUGUUUAAACAUUUAAGUGCUUGACAUCAUUCUUAAAUACUUGAUAUAAGAAUCCAAAGUGUUUAAAGGUGCAUCAUUUCUAAUUGUAUUUCUUUUCUGUAUUGAAAUAUGAUGUUUGAGAUUUGUAAAUUUUUAUUUUCGUAAUUCCAUUGCUAAGGGACUAGCAAUGAUUUAAGUUGGGGGGUGUGAUAAGUCUUCAUUAUCAUGAGUUAAUAAUUAGUAAAUAAUAUAGUUUUAGCCUUAACUCAUGAUAAAUAGACUUAUAUUUGUGUUAAAGCAUGAAAAGUGGUUUUCAGUUGAUUAACGUGAAUUUUUGGGUAAUUAUGUGAUUUUAUACGAUUUUUACAGUCUUAGUUUUGAGAUAAAUGAAGAACAAGAAAUAAAAAUAAAAAUAUUGCAAAAUGGGGGGACCCGCCGGCCAGCCGGGCCCACAAGCGGGUCGGAAGCGCAGUCGGGGAGUAGCCGCGAGCAGGGGCUCGAGCGGCUUGUUUGGAUCGAUAGGGGCACGUGUGCGCCACUCCCCUUCCACGUCACCGGUGGUCAGCCGGGUGUGGGGCAAGGAUUGGUCGUACACGCGAGAGGACUUUGCCUAGAAAGCUAACUUUACUAUAUAUUCGCCUGAAUAAUCCGUGCACAACCGAUGUGGGACUAAACCCGCGUCACACCUUGCUCAGGGGCGGGCGACCGCCGCGGGUUCGAAUCCUCCCAGAGUCAAAAUUCAUAUAUUUUUAACUGAUUAUCGCGACUUUCCUGCAGAUCGCCGGUGAAGGAUUAAGCAACCGGAAUCGCUGGAUCAUCGGCGAAAAUCUCGUCAACGCGAUUCGCGGAGCAUUGCUACUAAAAUUUCUGAACGAUUCGCGAUAAAAGGAUCGCAAUCCAUCGAGUAAAUCAUCUCCGAUUGAUCGACGAACAAGCCGUCGUCGGGAAGAGGACGAUCCGCCGGGAGACAGUCGCCACCUCCUGAGAGCGUACCAGAUGCGAUGAAGAGCCUCCCCUUGCUGCGCGGACCUGAGGAUGAAGCUCCCUGACACGCGCCCCACCUCCAUCCAGCUCCUCUCCGUCGGGUGACAGCCGCCGGAGAGCCGCAAAGUCGCCGUUUUUCCGCUCCGCCGGGUGACAGCCGCCGGAGACGAUUCGACGACCCACUUCAUUGAUCUCUAGACUUCGCGAGAAGAUCUAGAGAUUGCCCACGUCGUCUUUGUCCAAGAGAGCCUUCGAGGCCGUGGACACUGCACGACGAUCCUCCCGAACGCUCAGGAUUCCGGUGCAUCGCCGACGCAUCGCCGUCGCGACGCCGGAACUCUGUUUUCCUGCUUUCAAUUUAAUUUACGCUUUAUUUAGUGAUACUUUGUGUGAUUUUAAUUUACCAAACUAUACUUCGUUCAAUUACGAUUCUUCCGGCUUUUACAGAUCUUAAUUUGAUUAAUUAAAUCGUUUGUAAUCGCUUACGUAAGAAUCGCCGGGCGGAACUCUGUUUCCGCCCGAUUCGCGUUCGCCGGGCGCUGACGUCAUCCUGUCGUCCGCACCCUUAUUUCCUCUUUUUUUUCGUGAAUUUUAAAUAUAUUUCCUUUUCAUUUCCUAGUAUAAAAUUCAUAGAAAAUCGUAUUCAUUGAGAAAAACUCUGAAUAAUUACAAAAUAUUAUAUUACAUCCCUGUGAUCGACCUGGGAAAUUACCGCUAUUUUUGGAACUUUUAUUGAAUUAUAAUUGAUAUAUUUAUUUAUAAAUACUUCUAAAUAUCCAGAAAUUCGUAUUUUCUAGUUUUAUAAAUUUUAGAUUUGCGUGAUUUAAUAUACAACGACUGAGUCACGUCAGCAGCCUUUUGGUAGGAGAAGGAUUUUACAGCUCAAGAGAGAGCACACAAGAAGGGGGUCCAUUGAUUUGAUAGAGUGUGGCCUUGUAGGGGAUGAAGUCACUAGAACUUUUGAGUAG